GCUGUCAUUCUCAACCAAAAGAAGAAUUCUCAAUCAAAAGUUAAAUGGAGCAUAAAUAUCAAUCAAUAACCAUACUUGUAUUGUAUUGUAUUGUCAUCAAACAUCUCUCUCCUCUCUUCCAUCUCUCUCAAUAGUAUAAGAAGCAGUCUCAUUCAUAGCUAGGCGAGAUAUAACUAAGUAAAGAUGCUCUCCUCCAACAGCAGCAGUUGUUGCAAUCACAACCCUAACUACACACCCUUCUCCGAAAAUGACAUCACCUCCCAAAACCCUAAUUUUCUCUUCGGAUUAAUCCCCAAUUCCCCCAAUAUCUACUUUGACGAUUUCCAAUUCCUCGACCACAACUACAUAAUAACCACACCGCCCCCGGCGCCCGUCCCGGCCGCGGCCCCGCCUUCGAAGAAGGACAGGCACAGCAAGAUCAACACUGCCCGCGGGCCGAGGGACAGGCGGAUGCGCCUGUCCCUCGACAUUGCGAGGAGAUUCUUCGAUCUCCAGGACUUGCUGGGCUUCGACAAGGCCAGCAAGACUGUGGACUGGCUGCUCCGCAGCUCCAGCUCGGCCAUCCGCGAGCUCGCGAAGGGCCGGGCUGGGUCGACUCUGAGCGAGUCGUGCACGUCGGAGGAGGCCGUGUCGUCGGUGGGGAAGGGGAGGAGGGGGAAGAGUAGGGUGGUGGUGCAGCAGCAGAAGAGGGCGACUGUGGCGAGGGAGUCAAGGAGGAAGGCCAGAGAGAGGGCUAGAGAGAGAACCAGUCAAAAAAGACGGCUGAUGAGAGAGAGUGAUGUCCGAGUGUACAACUCGGAUGAAGCAGGAGGUACAACUCAAGGAGGGGGUUUCAGCCCUUGGAAUUCAUUUCCUUUAAAUGAAACUGACCAUGCUGCCUUCUUUCAGCAGAUUGAUGAGUUAGAGUUCAAUGGCAGGCCAUGGGAAGACUACGGCUUUAAUAUGUCUGUCUAAGAUUAUGAUGUUUUUGGUACCCAAAUUGUACAUUUGAAGAGCAUUUGAUUUUUUCUUGUGUUGUUGCUUUAAUUUAUUCAGAAAUUAAGACUAGUGGAGAAGAUCAAUUAAGGAUCCGUUGGUGUAAUUCUAGAUUGUGGAAAGGGCUAGAAAUAAAUGCAGUGGCUGUAAA